GCAAGUAGUCUAUAUAUAUAUACACUUGUAUAGACUCGCCUUUUCAUUUUUCUCAUCGAAAUUAUCGUUCUUUCUCUCUCGAUUAGCAGGACAAUCGCUCUUGUACAUCUCUCCGGAGCGUCUCCGGAGGAUGACGAAAUUUUUUUUUCCACAUUCUAUAUCACAAAGGCGUGGAACGAGAAGGAAACGCGAAGCAGAGUCGGUUGCACAACAGUGGCCGAUCCGUUUAGCGUGCGGCGUCCCGCGCGCAGUGAUACUAUAGCGUGGCUGGCUCGUGACGGAGGAUGGAUUUCACGAGAAAAAUUGAGAAACGUGCUUUUCGCUUCCGAAGAUAGACGUAUAUACGCGUUGGAGCGUCAGGAGAGAAGGAGAGAGAGAGAGAACCAGAAGCAGAACCAUAGAGAAUAGGAGGGAGUGAGAGCGCAGAGCGAAGCGAGAAGAGGAUAGAGAGACACACCACGGCCUCGGUUAACCUUAGGAGAGAAUCGGUGCGCCAUUACGACAUGCGCGUCUUGCGAGAGCGUCCAGCGGCGGCACGGGCGACAGGCGGAGCUGACCGAUCAGUCGCGUACGCCAUUCCGCGUACGGCGAAAAACACGUCGCGUGGUGCCGAGGACGACGACGACUACAACGACGACGAAAAGUGAAGAGUAGCGCGUGACCACCUCUCUCCUUCUCUCUCUUUCUCUCUCCCCUCGUUCGGGACGGAGGAACGACGGUGGAAGUCACCCUUUGGGAAGUGGCAUCCCCCCACAUACACGUACCAUAUACAUACGUGUAAUUCUGAAAAAUGAAUUUCACACCCUUCCCUGGAUUCACCGGCUCGCUGCCGACCGGCACUGUUCAUCAAUUCGCUACGGCUAAAUUCGCGCAGAAUCUCACCACCGGUGGACAAGUGGUUGGAGUUUUGUCCGGAGGUGAAGGUGGUGUUCAUUACCUAAGGCCAGUCGAUCCGAAUGGCUUCGCCGUCGCUCAGGGCGGUAACAGUCAGCAACAGCAGAUCAUUACCUUGCCCAUCACCGUACCGGGAAAAGACGGCACGCAGCAACAGCAAACUGUCCAGAUACAAGUGGUAAAUCCUAGCGUAUCUCAAAGCGGAAACAGCGGCGAUCAACCGAAAUAUCAUUUGGCGCCGAUAUCGCUGAGUCAAUUCCCGCAGGGGGCAGCUACCGUUCUCACUGUUGCCUACAGUCAGCAAGGCGCGGAUGGAGUACAAAUACAAGUGCAACCGCAAAACACUGUCGCGACCACUCAAACAUCCGAUCAAACGACACAAAGCACGUCCACUGCUGUGACCACUACAUCUCAGCAGACCAUCCAGCAGACGGUACAGCUUCCGGGAGCACCCGAGGGUCUGACUGUAGUCGCCCAGAUUCCUCAAGAUUUGAUUCUGCGAGAAAGCAUAGAGGAGUCCAAGGAGGACGUGAAAGAGGGCACGACACCUGUGGCUCUUAUUAAGCGGGGCAGCGUCAAGAAUCAAGGUAAUCAGAGCGGAGAAGAAUUUAUUACUUCUAUACCCGCUAGUUGGCAAAGUCUCGCCACUCCAGGAUCUACGGUCGCGGAUUAUCUAUCCAGACUACCCACUAGUACUCUGCCUCUUAGUUUGCAACAUUUUCUCAAAUUUUCGGCUGAGACUAUAAAGAGAGAAUCUACUAUCGAGUCCAGUCCGCUUGGGGCGGACGGUCUCGAUGCUUCCGGAAGCACAGCUUCCGGAGAACAAGCGGUGCAGAUUACCGUCGCCGGAGGAGAAACAGCGAUCAUUCCCGAUGUCGUCGAAGAACAGGAGCCGGGGGCGAAACCGAAGCGAAAAAAGAAAUACAAAAAGAAACCUCCGAAACCGAAGAAACCAAAACCAGGACAAGUGAGCAUAGUCACUGCUCUCGAUGGUACGACCCUAUUUUGCUGCCCUCAAUGUAAUAUGGCGUAUCCAGAGAAGGAAAGUUUGGAGCAACAUCUGAUUGGUCACAAAAUCGAGAGGAGGUUUAUAUGCGAUAUUUGCGGCGCUGGUCUUAAACGAAAGGAACAUUUGGAGCGACAUAAAUUGGGCCAUAAUCCCGACAGACCGUUCAUCUGUUCCGUUUGCAUGAAGGGUUUUAAGCGAAAAGAACAUUUAAAUCUCCAUUUUGUUAUACAUUCUGGUCAGAAGACCGAGGUUUGCACCGAAUGCGGUAAAGCCUUCUAUCGGAAGGAUCAUCUUAGAAAGCACGCGAGAUCUCAUCUCGCUAAGCGUGCCAAGGAGGAUCCAUUGAACACGAGCGACGCGGCACAAAAUCAACAACAAGCGGAUCAACAGCAGCAGCAAGUAGAAUUGCAACAACAGUCUGCGGUGCCCGAGUUGCAGCAAAUUCAGAUACAAGUAGGACAAGGGUCUCAAGCGCAGAUUCACCAGAUUUCCGUUAGCGAGCAGUCUACGGUAGUUUUACCUACAGCCGCCGAGACUGGAGCUAUGACUAUGCUUCAUCAUCAGCAGCAACAACAGCAGCAACAACAACAACAACAACAACAGACGCAGCAGCAACAGCAUUAGCAACAGCCUACCGCCCCGAAUCAACUUGGGCGGUACUUUCGUUUCAAUCAUCAGCACGC